AUGUCCGUCACGAUGCGCCCUACAUUGCGAGCCCUUUCCACCCAUCUCCCGAUUUCUACGGCUUGCCAACGACCACUGUUCCUCCGUGCGGCAGCAUCAAGAAACACUUCUCGACUGUUCUCCUUCCAGGCGGCACUCGCCAGUCCACCACAGGAUUUGGGAGCCAAGCCAAAAGUUCCAUAUGCUGCCUUCAGCUUCGAGCACCUUGGAAUCAGCAACAAGUGGAACAAGUACAUCAUGAUCUUCUUCAUCACCAUGGGUGCCCUAGAGACCUAUCUUUGGUACAAAUAUCUUCCUGCUUGGUGGAAGGCCCGAAGCGACAUUGCCACUGAACUCAAGGAAGCAACGUAG